AAUCAAAUUAUACAGUAUCAAACGUUAAACGUUCCAAAUAAAUCUAAUUAUAAUAUGUCUCGGACAGAUCUAAUACCUCAACCACUUGAAGCAAUUUCUGAAUUUAAAAAACGUUGGUAUUUUUAUUUCAAGACAUGGGCAAAAACUCAUGUACUAUGGUUUAUAGAAUUUAUUUUUACAG